AUGGACGGUGAGCCUUCCCUCAAAGCCAAAAUCCUCAGUAUCUGCCCGCCAUUUGAAAAACUUGACUGUGUGUACUCUUCUAGUCUUUCCUUGAACUCUCCGCGUCCAAUUCAAUCGACAGAUUUCACCGAUCCAAGCAUCUUUGACAGUAAUGAUGAUGAUGAUGAUGAUGAUAGCAUUGUCGAGAUUGAUAGCGAGGACAAUGUCAAAUUACCAACAGUGUCUUCAACAGCUAGUAUCAAUGCUAGAAGAAUGACAAAGAGACGUAAAAUAGCCAUUGAAACUACAUCUGCUGAAUCAAUGUUAGUGAUGUUGCAAAAAGCCAGGAACGCUGUUGAGAAAGAUAUCAUCGAAAGCAAGGAAUGGGCGAACGAGCGCAAAUCUAUUGUUUCGAAUAGAGAGAGUGCAGUCUGCCACCGAGAGCAUGUGUUGUUCAGCAAGGAAGUUGAUCUCUACUCCAAGCACAAGGAGAUGGAUAAAAAAAAGAAGAUUGAUGAAGAUGACUAUGAUCGUAGAAAGAGGGAGAAAGAUGAUACAAUUGAUGAGUUGAGAGUAAAGCAUGCGAUAGAAAUGGAGCAAGUCAAGGAAAAGUUAGAAAAAGAGAAACAGCAAAUCAAGGAUAAGUUUGAAAAAGAGAUUCAGGAAAUCAUGGAGAGGUUUGAAAAAGAAAGGCAAGGAUUCAUUGCAGAGAAGCAGCAAAUCAAGGAAGAGUUAGAAAAAGAUAGGCAAAAAGUCAAGGAAGAGUAUGAACAAGAGAAAAAAGAAAGAAAAGCUGCGGAAGAAAAAUACAUUCCUCUUCUAUGCGAAAAUGCUGUUUUGAAGAGGGAGCUGGAGUUUGCGAAACAAGGAACUAAAUAA